AGGAUUUAUCUGUACAAAUGUUCAUCCGUUGACAGCUAUGAGUUUUUUUUUCGGGACUAUCGCGCUCUGGACGGCUCUGCCGCUGGCGCUCGUGCUUCCAUCUUGAUACUGUGGUCAUUGUGUGCUGAUUGCGUUUUAUUGAGUGGCUAUUGAAGAUUUGGAUUUGGAUUUCAUUUCUUCCGGUUGGCUUGCAUCUUCAUCGGUAAUCUCUUCAUGUAUGAUUUUCCCUCGGUUGUUGUAAGUGUAUUGUUUAGGUUGGAUUUUGGUAUUUUUGCUGUGAAUGUGUUUCGUGUGCUGAAGCUUGUAGCAUUUUUGGGUGUUUUGUUAUCCUUCCGGUUGCGGUGUCGACAAAAUUUGGAAGUUCUCAUGGGGUCCUCUCCUUAAAGACCUAUCACAGAUUGACGGUAGUGACCUGCAAAAUCAAACAGUUUAAAAGUAUGGAUCCGGAGGCUGCUCGAGCUGCACGAGAAUCUCUAGACCUGGCGUUCCAUAUGUCCAAUAUACUUGACACGGGUCUAGACCGUCACACACUUUCGGUUCUAAUUGCACUUUGUGAUCUUGGAGUCAAUCCUGAAGCACUUGCUGCUGUUGUCAAGGAACUAAGAAAAGAGAAGCCCUCGUUAUCAUCAUCACUUCCUGAGGCUCCUUCUUCUUUUCCAUAAAUAAAUGGAUAUUUUUGUUAGCUCUUCUAUGUGUGCUUUAAGUUCUUUGAUCCAUCCAUUUUGUGUGUUCCUCAUCUGUUCAUUGAAUUGCUUGUUCAUUGAAUUGGGGUAGUGUCAUUGUUUUAGUACAAUGGUGAUGCGUUGCGAAUAGAAAUUCAUUUGAAGGUUUAUCUUUGAGAUUAAA